AUGCCUCCCAGGAGAUCUCACAAAAAGUCGAGAGCCGGCUGCAAACGGUGCAAGUCGCGCAAGAUCAAGUGCGACGAAGUACAUCCAAGAUGCGGCAAUUGCGUGAAGCACGGCGUGCCAUGCGACUUCGAGAACCCCGAUAUGUUUGACGAACUCCUCACCGCCUUGACCCCCUCCAACACCGCCGCAUCACAAUCCCCCAUCGACAGAGCCUCUUCAACCGCGCCCUCCCCUUCCGCAGGAGCAUCGCACCGCGCAAAGACGCCCUCCAUAUCAGGAGGCUCGCCUCCCACAGCAUCAUGUACGCCGCUCUACACGACCCCCGCCAAUGCAGCCAUGUCCUCUACCACGGCACCCAAUAACCGCCUCCUGGAACUGCGAUUGAUGCACCAAUUCACCUCCAUGACCUCCCGAACCCUUGUGGUCAACACCCCCGCCACCCACGACAUCUGGCAAAACACCGUGCCAAGGCUUGCCUUUGGCGGUGCGAGCUACCUUGCCGAUGCCAUGCUGGCCGUUGCUGCCCUGCAUCUGCGCUCCUUCAACCCGGACGACAAGGCUCUUGUGAGAGCGUCGCACUCAUACAUGGCCUCGGCGCUGGCCGCCUAUUGUUCAUGUUUGCAGAACGGCAUCACUGAGGCCAAUGCCGAGUCGCUUUUCCUCACCGCGGCUCUGAUUGCCUUCUCGUCGACCGCCACGCGAAUCUUCAUCCGGGACGAAGCCGACCCGAACGACCCUGCCAGCGCCUACUCCUUACCCCUCUCAUGGUUCCACGCAUUCCAGGGUGUCAAGACCGUGGUAGCGACUUCAUGGCCCUGGAUCCGCAACAGCGGCAUUGUCAUUCCCAUCAUCGACUCUCAGCCCGUCCUCCAGCUCGACCUGGACGCGACCUCGCCAACCUCGUUCUUUGGCAAAUUGCUGGACAAUCUGGAGGACGAGCUGCAAGGUGAAGACGCGAUAAUGGCCAUGUCCACAAGACAGUCCUACCAGCACGCCGUGGCCGUCCUCAACUGGGCUCACAAACUGCCGCACCGCGGUGCUGCCCUCGCAUUCCCCGCCACGGUAUCGAAACGCUUCAUCGAACUCCUUGAAGAACGGCGUCCGCGCGCUCUGACUAUUCUGGCAUGUUUCUUCGCGCUCCUCAAGGGUUACGAGUCGGCAGUUUGGUGGCUUGAGGGCGUCUCUCGCAGGGAAGUCAUGGGCAUCGUCUCACAGUUCGAGGCCACGAGCCCGUGGUGGGCACACCUCGAGUGGCCUGUACGAAUUGCCCUCUACAAGCACUCCAUUAUCCCACCGGAAGUCUGGGGCUCAGACUGGGUGACCGAAGAAAGCAAGGCCGAGAAGGGACACAACAUGACGGCCGAGUCAUUCGUCAACCACAUUGAAAUCCUGACGGGCGUGUUUGCAAAGGCGCAACCGCAGAUGCCGGUGCCCGUCUCCACGCAUGCAGUGUAA